AGGUUUCUCCAGGAUCACUCCAGGCACCAGUCUGCGCGACACCCAGUGGGCUUGAGGUUCAGUGGAAGGGCCCAAGAAAGAGCUUCCAUCUCACCAGCCAAGCUGCUGCCGAGAGCAUCAUCAAGAGCGGGACGUUCCACCACUCGAAGAGGGGCAUGUAUGGAUCUCGGUGUGGAGCAUUUCAGUGAGAGGAGAGCAUCGUGCUAUCAUCCUGAUUCUUGCUGAUCUUUGCAGCAGGUGCUCAAGCGCUCAAGUUGUUUUUCCUGAGGCUUGGGCCGUUCAUCUACUUUGCAGGGAGUCCUCAGGACUGCGAGGGCAAGGCGAACGGAGCCAAGUUGGCGGAUGGCGCUGUGCUGGAAGCCGCUGUGGAGCUUGGCCAAAGCUUGGUCAUCCGCCAAGACAUGUCCAGCGCGGCUCAGAGCAGCUUGGGCAUCAGCUCUUGGAGCGAGCUUGACAAAGCCAAGCUACAAGAGGUGGGAUGUCAGAGCGUCUACGCCACCUCUGACUUUGUGAGCCGCGACGAGUGGGCCGUGCCGUCCAACUCGCAGAUCAGAGACCUUGUCUUGAAGGGCUUCGAGAGUCGUGGACACGCGCUGCCCUAUUGGCAAUGGCCUCAUUGGGUUCACUUGCUGGCCAACACCGUCAAUGUGGACUAUGCCGCCAUCGACCAGGUCAUUCAAGGGGUAGGGCAGGUGGAUCACGCGCCGCCUGGAGUGCGGGUCAAUGCGGCAGGCCGCCCCAUUCACUCUGAUGGGAAGUUCAUGUCGUACGCAGAGGCACGCCAGCGUGGCUGGGGGCAAGAAACCUCAGCAAGCUCGAGCCCUUGGAACCAAGGCUACUCACAAGCGCAGAUCAAGCAGGCCUAUUCUGGCGGCUCUCGCAGUACUGGCGGCUCUUCUGGUCACACCCGUGGUUCUCCUCAUGGUGCCCAGUGCUCGACUACCUCCCAACAGACCAACCCUUGGAACGAGCAUCAAAAGAGCAUGGGUGGCCAAGGCUACUCACGAGCGCAGAUCAAGCAGGCCUAUUCCGGCGGCUCUCGCAGUACUGGCGGCUCUUCUGGUCACGCCCGUGGUUCUCCUCAUGGUGCCCAGUGCUCGACUACCUCCCAACAGACCAACCCUUGGAACGAGCAUCAAAAGAGCAUGGGUGGCCAAGGCUACUCACGAGCGCAGAUCAAGCAGGCCUAUUCUGGCGGCGCUCGCAGUACUGGCGGCUCUUCUGGUCACACCCGUGGUUCUCCUCAUGGUGCCCAGUGCUCGACUACCUCCCAACAGACCAACCCUUGGAACGAGCAUCAAAAGGGCAUGGGUGGCCAAGGCUACUCACGAGCGCAGAUCAAGCAGGCCUACUCUGGCGGCUCUUGCAACACACGCGACUCUUCUCACAAUGCCUCUUCACACCCAAGUGCUUUGCAGCAACGGAAGAGCACGGGCGGCCAGAGCUCCUUGAGUGGCACACUGGGCGCAACCAUCCGCCAGGCCAACCCUUGGAACGAGCAUCAGAAGAGCAUGGGCGGCCAAGGCUACUCGCGCGCUGACAUCCUUGCUGCCUACCGCCGGCCCACGUCAGCUCCCAGCUCCAGCGCGGGGUUUGGCCGUAGAGGGGGUGGUUCUUCAGGCGGCUUGGGGUGGAACGCUUUCCGCACGUCCGUGGCUGGGCAGGGCUUGUCAAGGGCAGAGAUGAGUGCAGCCUAUUCGGCUCAGGAGUGAGAGUGCCUAAGAUCCCUUUCCAUGCCAUUCUGAGUCAAUUCUCAUUGGUCUUGAACGUGGUAACAUGAGCCACGUGGCCGAACGUGGCCGUGGGCCAUAUGUACAGCGUGUACAGCUUCAAACAGUUCGACUUCAGGGCGCAUGCUGAGUUGGGACAGGUAUCAACCGCUUUGUUGCCGUGGCGACUGCUGACGGCCAGCUUUGUUCUGCUGCGGUGCUGAGCCACAGCUGUGAUGCUGAGCCCAGGAAAAAGCUAC